CUUAGUAGCCUGCUAAUUCUAGUGUCUGUAUCUGCCAAGGUAAUUAGUUCCUCUACUACAUCCCCCGCCGAGCCGGUAGGUACCGAAAUAUUAUUAUGAACUUAUAUCUUCCCCUAGCUCGGCGGGUGUUUUCGAGGGAGCUUGCAUAGAAGAGCAAUUAAGUCACGACCAAUAGGAACAUCGCCAUUGCACACGUUUGUCUUCUAGAACGCCCCGGAGACUCAGAGUAGCAGCAUUUGUCCUGCAGGUCGCAGCAGGCGCAGCCUACUAUUGCUCAUUGGAGAGGUUUUGCAGGCGAUUAUCGAUCGGCUUUCCGUUUCUCGAUGGUCGGUUUGAUGCGGUGAUAUUAUGCAUAGCACUGUACCUACCUGUAAAUGAGCACAUGCUAUGGGGCUAGUAGAAAGUAUAAAUACCUACCUAAGAGGUAGGUAUCUAAUAUAUAGCUUUUGUUCUUUCGCCCUUCGCGAUGGUGCACAAUAAGCUACUCGCGGCGCUCGGUCUCUGGGCCGGGCCGCUCCUAGUCGUACCAUCCGCACCUCUCGCUUCUGCUGCUGCUGCUGCUGCUGCAGACGCGCGAUUCGGCGGUAACCUAAACUUCGCAAGCCCUUCGCGGCGCCACCCUAGCCUCGGGAUCGACGUACCGCACGUGUCCCGACGGAGCCUAAAACGCGGGUCCGUCGCGUACGCGGCCUCGGAGCUGGACUUCAUGCACGGCGUGGCGUCGGGCGACCCGUACGCGGACAGCGUGAUAUUGUGGACGCGGGCGGCGCCGACGCCGGCGUCGGACGGGAGCAACGUCACCGUCGAGGGGACGGUGCCGCUGUAUAGUCACGACACGCAGACGUUUAUCGACGCGGAUGAGAGCCCGGUUUGCGUGGAGUGGAAGGUUUGGGAGAAUGGAACAGCUGGGGAGGGAGAGGGGGAUGGUGUUGUGGUGGUGGUGAGUGGUGAAGCGUAUACGACUAGCGAUAUUGAUUAUACUAUUAAGGUUGAAGCUACGGGUCUGCAGCCGUUCACGACGUAUAAUUACCAGUUCGCGAUCUGCGGCUCGACCAAGACGAGUCCCGUCGGACGGACGAAGACGGCGCCGCUGCCGGAUUCGGAUGCUCCCGAGUUGAGGUUCGCUGUUUUUUCUUGCAGUAAUUAUCCGAAUGGAUACUUCAACGCUUAUGGGAACGCUGCGAGGAAAGAUGAGCAAGACUAUAUCGUUCAUCUAGGUGACUAUAUUUACGAGGGUAAUGCGAAAGGGGAGCGAGCCCAUGCACCGCCGAAAUACUUGUUCAGUCUAUAUGAUUACAGGACUCGUCACGGACAGUACCGCACAGAUCCGGAUUUGCAACUGGCCUCCCAGAACUUUGCCUGGAUAGCGACCUGGGAUGAUCACGAGGUCUCAAACAACGGAUACCGUGAUGGGUCUAGUGCUCUGAACAAUACUGAGGACUCUUUCCUCAAAGAUGGCGGAGUCAGCGUGGACCAGCGAAAGAUGAAUGCUGUGAGAGCGUACUUCGAAUGGAUGCCUAUUCGUCAAGUCGAUCUCGACGAUAAUCUAAGGAUAUGGAGGAACUUUCAGAUGGGAAGCCUCCUAGAUUUCAUUGUUCUAGACACUCGGAACUAUGAUCGAAGCAUUACCUCGCUCGAUUGGAAUGACAACUAUAUCGAUCUGAUCCGGAACGACGCCUCGCGGACGCUGAUGGGCUCGCACCAAGAGAACUGGUUUUAUAACCAAUUGACCAAGUCUCAGGCCCGGGGCGCGACUUGGCGUAUAAUUGGCAACCAGAUCGUAUUUUCCCACAUCGUCGAGUCUUACGGCUAUAGUGGUGACAACUGGAAUGGGUACCAAGCGAACAGGAACCGGACACUGAAGCAUCUAUACGAUAACAACAUCACUAACACCAUCUUCCUCGCGGGUGAUAGCCAUCAAAACUGGGUCUCAGACCUAGCCUGGCUAGACGAGAAGCCUUACGACCCGACGACGGGGGAAGGGUCCGUCGGGGUCGAGUUCGCGGGGACGGCGGUCAGCUCUACCGGGUUCAGCGGGGCGAUCGGGGGUGCCAGGGCCGAGGCGGAGCGCCGCGUAGGAAAUAACUCGGUGCUGCAGUGGCAGGACGGAUACUACCGCGGCUACUUCCUGCUGUCGGUGACCCCGGACAGGCUCGACGCCAGGUUCUACGGGUCGCCGAGCGUCGCGUCCCGCAACGCGUGGGACCUUCCGCUCGCGAACUUCACAGUCCGGGCCGGGGAGAAUAAGCUCGCCAGGCCGGUUGGCGGCGGGAGCGUGGAGGCUGGGUUCUUGAGGGGAGGCAAGACCACCCCGACGAAUCUUACGCUGAAUACGGAUACCUGGGAAUGGGGUAUCGUCGGGUAUAACCAGAUGUAUAUUGAUGCCAGCAAGUGAAGUUGGUAUUAUACAAUAGCUUAGGUUAUCAGAAGUGUUCGUACGCCUACUCUACUCCUAUUAAAACUUACCUAUUUUAACCCUCUGUAUUGAAAUAAGGUACAUAGCUUAACCUAGGUAGCUACAGCACUAUAUUAAUAUUCAAUGCUCAAUCUA